AUGAUCUUGCGGGCGAAUCCCCUUUUUUCACGCAAAGGUUUCUCUGGACUACAAAAGUAUACAGCAGCAAUUAGGCAACUAGCAUACGGCACAUCGAGUGAUGCGUGGGAUGAGUAUUUAAGGAUGUCGUCAAAAAUGUGUCGUGAGUCUCUUGAAAAUUUUUGUGAAGGUGUAAUCUCUCUGUAUGGGAGACGAUAUUUGAGGAUGCCAACCGCACCCGACGUUCCACUUCUAUACGAGGCCCAUCAGCGCUUACAUGGGUUUCCUGGAAUGUUGGGAAGUCUUGAUUGCAUUAACUGGGAAUGGGGGGCAUGUCCAACCGCUUGGAAAGGGCAACAUCAUCGUGGUGACCACAAGGGUCCUACCCUAAUAUUACAAGCGGUCGUUUCGCAAGAUUUAUGGAUUUGGCAUGCGUACUUUGGCAUGGUUGGUACGAACAAUGACAUUGCAGUUUUAAUGUCCUCGAAUCUAUUCGACGAUGUCAUAGACGGUGUUACACCAGAUACUUCAUUCUAUGCAAACGAUGUGCAGUAUAAGUAUGGCUACUAUCUCACAGACGGUAUUUAUCUCGAAUGGGCGACGUUGGUAAAAAGUCUUUCGUGUCCAAAUGACGAAAAAAGAUUGUAUUUCAAGAAAAAACAAGAGUCAGCAAGAAAAGAUAUCGAGCGGGCUUUCGGUGUGUUAAAGAAAAGAUGGUCUAUUAUCGCCCAGCCGUCGAGGAUACUUGAAAAAAGUAAAAUGAGAAACGUCAUGUAUACGUAUAUCAUUUUGCAUAACAUGAUAUUGGAGGACUCGGGUAGAGCGUUUUGUGGAGAAAGCUAUGAUGAAAGUAUCCAACCGACGAACCCAAUACUAACAUACGCUGAGAAAGAAGAUAUCCGAGCGAAGAUACGGGCUAGGCACACACACCAUAACCUUCGAGCCGAUCUGACAGAGCACCUAUGGUUUUAUCGUGAACAAGGAGGAGUCGACACAGACGACGAGUAG